AUGUCCACUGCAGUUGCAUCCGCACCGGCCCCCUUGUCAUCACCACACCCUACUCGCAACCCCAGCCCGAGAAAUCUCCCGGCUUUGGCUCCUCCGAAUAACAUCCCGUCCAAUUUCUCUCCGCCCCGGAUGUCCAAAAGUCCCCAGAAUGGAUCCACGGUACCCGGUUCCCCCGCCGAGAAGAGAGGUCCAGCGUCUCCAUCUCAAGGCAGCGGAGGCCCACAGAUUACCGUAAAGAAGGAACCGGGAUCCUCCCCACGCAUACAGAGUCGGCCCCGGCCUCGGAAAUUGGACCUUUCGACUAGUCUUCCAUCCUCCAGUGGUUUGUCGGUUCGCGCUCCCGGGGGACCUUUGACAGCCUCGAUGCAACAUGUAGGCCUCGCGUGCCUAUCACCUGGCUUCCAAACUCACGAUCCGAUCAUGCGAGAGCAGCUGCAGCGCAGCCUCUCCGUGCGGGAUCAGCAGCGGUCGAUCAUUGAACAGCGCAUGCAGAGAUCCGCCAAGGAUGAUGGUCCGGAUGGGAUUAAGCCUUCCGAGUCGAAUUUGAUGGGUAUGCCCAAGACCGCAAAGCGCCGACCGGCCGGCCUGUCCAUCGUCCCUCCAUCCGCCUCCCAGUUCGCAAACGAGCGAGUCAUCCAAUCUGCUCCGCUACACCAGACUUUCACGGGCAGGUACCAGCCACAACCAUUGACUCGCCAUGUUGUCAACCAGAGUCCGACCUUGGGCUCGACCUCCCACAUGCAUCAGCUACCGGCAACCCAAACAAACAAUCGUCUUCCUCCCCUUUCUGAUGUUUUCGGUUCCGAUGCGUUGGGUCGCGACCGCGAUUCUGGCCUCGCUAAUAUCCACUUGAACGCAUCGAGCAACUCCUCGCAAUCCAACAACUUGGCCCCAAUGCCCUCCCCUGGUCUGCCGGGUAGCGUGUCCCAAACCCCCAAUCGACCGCGCGAAUAUCACUCAGCCGAAGAAGCCGUGCAAGAGAUGUCCGGGGGACGGGAGGAACUUCUGCCUCGCAUUGUCCACUAUGGAGGUCAUCAACCUCCCACCCCGCCAUCCCCACAAAUACUUCACGCCGGCCCCAAGACCGCGCCUCUUGCCCCAGAACCCCAAGCGCCCCACGGUCCGCCUCCUGCCUCCUUUGGUAUGUUCGCCCCGUCCGAUGUUACGGCACGUCGUCGCCCUCGGAGCGAGUAUGAACACGACAACGGAAGUCCGCCGCUGGGUCAUGGGCCCGACUCCCAACACCGACCCAACCCAGCUUCCAUACCCGGUCCACAUGCUUCGUUCCCUGGACCUUUCGGCGCAGGAAGAGACUCGCCCGAGACGCAGCGGAGAAAGAAGGAUGAAUUCCUGGGUCUCUGUGCACGGGCUUGGGAUCUGUUUCACUCGUGA